GCAUAUUCCACGUGAGCGAUUCUUAUCCUGAAUAUGAUAGGCCGAAAAUUAGAGCACUUAAUGUUCAUUUCAUUUCAGGUAUACAUUAAGUUUUUGAUACCACGUGUGAAUUUCUCUAAAGAAGUUACCCUCUGCACUACUUGCAAGAACUCCGCCUGUAAUCUUCGUUCAUUUGCCCGAAUAGCAUUACCGGACAUGCAUAAAUAACGCUAUUUGUCUAUAAUUUUUUUACGGUGAAUUAUCGACUACUUUAUAGAAAAAUAGAACUUAAAGCUGUCGUACUAUUCAUUGCUUUUAUCAAGCCGCAUGGUUUAGUGUUAUUUUUUUUUUAAAGUAGUUUGGUUGAAGAAUUUGAGAAUUGUGCGGUCAUUCGAUUCUAUUUGCAUUGCGGUCGAUGCGUCGUGAAACAGAGUUUCAUGCCUGAGAUUUUUAGCUUGAAUUUAGUGCUCAGUGUGGUUGUGAGUAGGUGACUUUAAUAUUGUCUAAUUAAAUUUCUACAGCAACGUUUAAAAUUGUACAUACAUAAUGGCUUUCCAUUGUCCAUUUAUUACUUGGGAUAAAAAUUUGGCUAAUAUCGUCUACCUUGGAUUAUGCUUUUUUGUUGCGAUGGCGUCAAACUCUACCAUCGUGAACUUACAGAAAAUACUGACUACAAGUAUUUAUGAUGAAAACGAAGUAUUUGCCGGCGAUGGAUACGUAGGUCUCGCCAUUAACUACGUGUUCCUUGCCGCCAGCAUUUGGCUAACACCGAUAGUGAUGACUUACAUUGGCAUCAAGAAUGCUUUAAUUAUUGGAGCCAUUGGAGAUUUCAUUUACGGCCUGUCAUUUUACCUGGAGAGCGCUGCUGCAUUUUAUGUCAUUUGUGCUUUGACGGGAAUUUCUCAUAGCUUGUUAUGGACAGGCCAAGGAGCCUAUUUAAUAGAAAAUUCGUCCUCUAAAACAAUCAAUAGAGAUUCACUAAUAUUUUACUUUCUUUAUCACAUUGCGACACCAGUGGGCAACAGUCUCGCAUUCCUGCAGUUGAAUGGGAUAACAACAAUACAUUCGGAAACGAGAAUGUCGAUUCUGAACUGUCUCAACUCGAUCGGAGCGCUCUCUGUGAUCAUGUUCCUUUUCCUCCCCCCCGUGACGAAAUUCGAAAAAAGCAAAAGAGAGCACCUGCUUGAGACUAACAAAGGCGUCGACGCGCUGUUUAAGGCUUGGAAAGUAUUCACCAACAAGGACAUGGUGAUUUUGGUUCUUGUUUUCAUUUACACAGGAUUUCAGGUAGCCUUUUCUGAGACAAUUUACAACUCAAGUGUUGGAUUUACUUUAAGUUUAGAGCAAGAAGCCAAAGAACUUGUCCCUCUGGCAGCUGUCUACAGCGGAGUUGGGACUAUCCUUGGCGUCUUUCCACAAGUAUUUUUCAAAUUUAUGCCAUGCAGAUGGGAAAAAAGCAUCAACAUGCUAAUUGGAACCGUUUGUCAAGACAUAUCUUAUAUACUCUCUCUUCUUAAUCUACCUGACCAAUCGGCGUUUGGAGAUAACCUCGACAUGGGCUUCUACUUGAAUAGCGUUCCCGUGGCCAUGAUGAGCAGCGCCCUCCUAAGCGUCGGUAACAUAUGCAUUCACACAUACAUUGCGUCUCUAUUGUACGAAAUGUACCACGAAGAAUCGGAGGCUGUGUCCGCCGUAUCAUGUUUUGUGGAGUUCGCCGCUUCUGCAGCUUGUUUCUUCUACAGCACAAUGAUCGGGUUACACUCCCAACUUGUUUUAUUGAUGGGUUUCAGUAUUCUCGGUCUGAUAGCUUUCUUGAGAGUGGAUACAAAGGUGACGAAUCAGCAAAUUAAACAAGAAAAAAUAGCCAAAAUAAAAGACUUACAAUUAGAUAUAGGAAUAAAUCGUACGGCAAGUAACCAAUAAUAUACAUAGGUACUCGCUGUUUGUUGUAUGUUGUUGCUUUUUUAGAAUUAAAACACGCAACGAACGAACAAAGAAAAAGACAAAUAAUAAAAAAAAUUCGGGCCGAUCCGAUCUAGAAUAAUGUUCCUGUCCGUUAUGAAUACAUUUUGUAAAAAUGUUACUCAAUGUGCUUGGACCACAAAUAAACUGAUUUUUUUCCUUUCUUGCUUGAUGAA